AUGGAGAAAGGGACAGAGAGCGUUUUUUACUACCUCUCUGACAUCUUCAAAUGGAAGGAAGGUUGCAAAGUCCCUGGGCAUGAAGGGCGUUCGGUCCAGGAUUUGAAUGACUUGAUAGGGAGCGACUCUCAUAGCAAGUUAGCCACCAGUUCUUCCAAGUCAGGCACCUCGAAGGUUGCUGCACCCAAGAAGGCAAAAGGAAAGAAGAGGAAGUGGGCUGCCCCAGCGACUCCUCAUGCUCCGGCCAAGAAGGCGACCAGGGCUUUGGGGCUCAAAGGGCAUAAGGCUUUACCUUCUCCUUCACCUAAACGUUCUCCUGACCCUUCAGAGCCUCGUGCCGACAUCUCAGAUCCUACUGCCCCAAUUGAUAUUGUUUUAGAUCGAGAACUGACGUCCAUGGCUGAAGGGAAGAGCUCAGUCCCAAUGGAGGUGACCGGAGCUGAAGAGGAGGUGGAGGCAGUGAGGGUCUCUGAAGCUCCGAAGUCUAUCGAGGUAAGGGAAGCCCUGGUAGAGCUUGUGGUCAUAGAAGAGGAUGGAGCCUCAGGGACUGAGGAGGGAGCACCCGAACAACAGUUGAUGGCUGCCUUGAGCUCAGAGAUCCUAGAGGCAGUACCCGUGACUGUAGAGGAGGCAGGCGCCGUGGGAGAGCCUAUUGUAGAAGUGAUUGCCGUGGAGGACACAGGUAAAGAAGGAGAUGGGGAAGGUGUCGAGUCUGUCGAGGUGGAGAUGGUUGUUCAAGAAGAAGGAACACAAGGAGAGAUCGCCGCCCUGAGGGAGGAGGCUAGCAUGGUGCAACCUAAGAUUGAGGCAGUGACUCCAGGAGAGGAGGCUAGCCUUGUCGCGGGUACUGUUGUGGUUAUUGCAGAGGGUGCCGCUACAACACCUGAGCAUGAGAGGACCGAACCUGAAGUGGACUCCUGA